CUACUAGCAGCCCUGGAUUGUUUCUGUCAUCGAUUUAUAAGCCUGUUUGUAGUUUUUUUUUUUUUUAUCUUGCGCGUUUCACUUUUGAAGUAGGUCGUCGAGGAAAUCCCGGAAAUAGAAAUAAACUGCUUUACUUGGACUUUUCCAGCACAUUUUCGGGAUGGCCACCGCGCCUGAGUACUCACUUCACAUGAGGUCGACGGAUCUCAUUAUAAAAGAACCCCUGGAUUACGGAGGUUUUGGAGAAGUUUACUUAUGUUAUCAUGUGACGCUGGGACAGGUGGUGUUAAAGACUAUGUACACUGGACGUCUGCGCAACGAGGAGAGUAAAAAAUCACUACUGGAGGAGGGAAAGAUCAUGGCGAGCCUGAACCACGAGCGAGUGGUCAAGUUGCUGGGUGUGAUUAUGGAGGAUCGAGAUUGCUCUCUUGUCAUGGAACUCAUCCCCAGAGGCAACCUACUGGACAUGCUGGAGACCGUCAGUGUGCCAGUAUCUAUCAAGGGAAGAAUCAUCUUAGAGAUUUUGGAGGGAAUGAUGUACCUCACAGAAAAGAAUGUCAUACACAAGGACAUCAAGCCGGAAAACAUCUUAGUGGACAAGGAUUUUCACAUCAAGAUUGCAGAUCUUGGUCUGGCCACCUGCCAAACGUGGAGUAAACUCACCAAGGAGGAAUCUCGAAGGAAGAGCCGUAUGAGGCAAUCGACUGGUGUGAGAGGAGCUGGCACACUGAGCUACAUGGCCCCGGAGCACCUGGAGAGUAUUCAUAAUCCCUCCACUGAGAAGUCUGACGUGUACAGUUUUGCCAUCGUGGUGUGGGUCAUUCUCACAGGGGAAGAGCCAUAUGCAAAUGCCAGGAGUGAAGACCAAAUCAGCCAGUGUGUUCGUAACGGUGACCGACCGGCAGAGGAUCUUAUUCCAGAGGACACGCCUUCUGAAAUAAUUCAGCUCAUGAAAAGAUGCUGGGAUCACAAUCCUCAGGAACGACCGACUUUUAAAGAGGCCUACAACAUCUUCCGUCCUUUCUACAUGGAAAACCUUGAACCACUUGUAGAGAAAGAUUUACUUCACCUGAAGAAUUCAUACGAAGGCCCAGAGGAUCUUGUUGAAAAGAUGAAGUCUUUAUCAGUGAGCCCUGAAAGUUUUUCAGGAGAUUGCCCCGCUCCGUUGAUAAGUUCAGACAGAAACGUGUCCGUGCCAGUUGAAGCCAGUAUCGAGGAUCUGCACGGCAACCAAUAUGAACAAUGUGCAGGGCAUCUUCAGACAGAUGCUAAGGCAAGUAACAGCCCUUCAGAGUUGCAGGAGAAGCUCGAUCGGGAGCUUCAGUACCACAAACACGGCAGUUAUAACUGUGAGAACCACUCCGAUGCUGGCAACUCCUUCCAUACCGCAAAUCCUUUCCUGCAAAGCAACGUCAGCAUUUCGGAUUACUCUGCACGGCAACCAGAGCAAGAAAAAUCUUCUGUACUUUCCUGGACAAAAGCUGAGCCGUUGCAGCCCACAAACCAGGAAGAGCCUUGGUAUCGUCUCCCUGCAGGUGCCUUUGAGACCUCUUCCACACCUACUCCAUUCCACUUACCUAUCUCUUCGAGCACACCCUCUCUGUCAGCGUUUAACCAGCAACAUCCCCACUCCCACUUGGACCGGCAGCAGUCCUGGCCAACUUACCCAGUGUCUGAUACGUCUGCCCCUGACCUCACCUCUGGACAUCUUUUGACCACUUCAAAGAGUUGCCAGAUGCACGAUCAGGGAUCCCUUUACAUUCAGAACGCCAGCGGGAUUCAGAUUGGAAGCAACAACACAAUGAGCAUCAGAGGUUAUGACCCCUCUCUUAGCUUGUCAUCUGUAUCUGCUAACAGCUCAACUAACUCUCCCAUCAAAGAAGGCAUUCAGAAAUAUGAGGAUCAUGCUGUGACGGAGCAGCACCUGGACGUGCUGAGAGAAAACAUCGGGACCAAGUGGAAGCGCUGUGCGCGACGUUUGGGUCUGACCAAUGUGGAUAUAGAGACCAUAGAGCAUGACUGCUAUCGUGAUGGUCUGCCAGAAAUGGUGCACCAGAUGCUGGAACGCUGGAAAAUGAAGGAGGGCUGUAUUGGGUGUACAGUUGGGAAGCUUUGCCGAGCUCUAGACGGAAACAUAAAGGUAGAUGUCAUCCAGAAAAUACUGGACAUCUGCAAUUCGUCUUCCUCACUGGGAUAAAACUUACAGCAACUGACGUGUCUCAUUCUCUCUGAAUGAUUUAUCAUCUACGGUGGCCACAAUUAUAAACUCUGCUAAUGGCUCUGAGCCUGAAGGAUCACUUUAGUAGAGGUGGACACACUGAAAACUUAUCACCUCAUCUGAAAUACAUUUUUCUGCUUUUCAAAAAUGAUAAACAUAGAGCUUAAUGUCAGUCGUUAGGAAAUAGUCUUUGACAAGUUACUAAACACUGUUUCGAUGAAACUGAAUGCCUUUGUGAUGGUGAUAAGAUCCAAUUGCAUUUUUAAAUGGCUAUAGCUUCACCUGCCAAGAAGAUAUUAACUUGGUCGGGUUCAUGAAAUUUCAAUAUUGUGGAUUUUUGCAUUGCUCUAUAUGUUGACAAGGCUCUAAAUAUUCAUUUCAGGCUAAGGUUUAAAUUUGAAUAUGAACUGUUUUGAGGUUGUUGGGUUUUGGUUGGUAUGAAGAAGCCAGUGGGUUUGUGCACAUUAACAGAAUAAUGAAUUCAUGUACAGGGACUGUCAAAUGGUGUGUGGUAAACAUUUAUUCCAGUCCAACACAAACAUAAUGACUACAAUCACAGAACAGGUAAGGUCAAUGAGCCUGUGACAAGCUGAAAACAUCAGCAGUCAUAAGGAACAAUGAAAUGCAAUUGAAAACGCGUGCUGUCACCAGUAAGCCAAACUGCUACCAUUAAUCUAAUGACGGUAAAGCAAAAGUAUGUGUGGGUUGGUGAUUAAAUUCUUUUAAUGUUAAUGAAGUGAUUCAUUCAAACACAAUAAGCAUUGUGGAUUGAAACGUUACUUUCCCUCCGUCAGGAUUAUAGCAUCUUUGCCAAAGACAGAGAGAAGUGUGUCUGCCUAGUUAGAGACAGUAUUGAGGGUUUGCAUGUCAAAUCUCUUUCUUCAUCUUCAUACAAACUACAUUUCAGCAUUACAAAAGAACUUCGUGCAUGUAUGAAAAGUCCUUAUAUUCACACGUUUCCAAAGCGUAAUGUAGUUUUACUUCCAGAAUAAACUGUGUAUGUGUGUUUCAACGCGA